AUGCGUCUCACCGGAUUGCUUCCUUUCCUGAUGGCGGCCGCCCCCGCGGUUGCUAAGCGCGGUACCCUUGGUUUCGCUCUGGGCAACCAGAACGGCCCGGAGAGCACCGACUGCAAGUCUACCGAGGACUACAAGAAGGACUUUGAUGCGCUGAAGCCCUACUCCACGCUUGUGCGCACCUACUCCGCCAGCAACUGCGAUACCGCGGAGAACAUCAUCCCGGCUGCCAAGGCCAAGGGCUUCAAGGUCGUGCUGGGUGUUUGGCCCGAUACUAAGGAGUCCUUCGAGGAGGAUUUCGAAGCCCUCAAGUCUAGCGUCAAGGGCAACGAGGAUGUCGUCCAGGCCAUCACCGUCGGCUCGGAGGCCCUCUACCGUGAUACCAUGAAGGCGGAUGCUCUCCUGAAGCGCAUCCAGCAGGUGCAGGAUGAGUUCCCCAAGGUGACUGUCGGCAUGGUCGACAGCUGGAACAAGUUUGCCGAUGGCACUGCCGACGCCAUCCUCCAGAGCGGCAUCAAGUACAUUCUUGCCAACGGCUUCGCUUACUGGCAGGGCCAGGCCAUCGACAAUGCCACCAACACCUACUUCGACGAUAUGUCGCAGGCCAAGGCUCACAUUGAGGAGGCUGCUGGCCCCGAGGGCAAGAACAUCCGCUUCGGCAACGGCGAGACUGGCUGGCCUACUAACGGCGGCUCUGAUUACGAUGAUGCCAAGGCUGGCACCAAGAACGCCGAGAUCUACUGGAAGAAGGCUGUCUGCGGCAUGCUUGCCUGGGGCGCUGAUGUUUUCUUCUUCGAGGCCUUUGACGAGGCCUGGAAGCCCAAGACCAAGGGUGACAACGGUGAGAUGCAGGACGAAUCCCACUGGGAUCUAGAUCCGUCCGUCGCCCAUUCGGCGCAUUCUUCGGUGCCGCCGCAUUCCGCAAAUCCUUUGAUCAUUCGUGACGAUUCGCACUUGACAGUUCCAUUGACAUCGGGUUCCACUUCACCAGUAGAGUCGAGUCGCUCGGCCGCUGGAUCCCCUGGUCCUCGUAUCCCCAAAAGGGACCGCAGCGUCGACCCCGACCCGCCUCUGGCCAAGUACCGUGGCACUGGGGAUUCUUCCACCUCGUCCCCCGAGAAUCGAAAAGCCGAGAGUAGCAUCUACUAUACCACCGUCUGGGGUUCUCCGUAUGCUGCACCAAGCCCUCGGAGGCUCUCCUGGUCAUUGAGUCAGUACGGCAUCGUCGAUCGUGGUUCUGGAGCCAGCUCUCCAGGCUCGAUGCACAGUGGUCUCCCCCACGACUCGGAAGUGAACAAUAACGAUUCCCUGAGGCCCCCCGCCUUCGAAGGCUCGACGAGACUGCCGCAUAGUGGCACCCUCAACCGUUCCUCGGGACGCGGCGACUUUUUUGGCAGAAAGGGAGGGAAAUCGAUCAAGGAUUUCACGCAGGAUUGGAUAAAUCAGUACCUCUCGGGUCAGCCUAGGACAGAGCGCAGUAACUGGCUGAGCGACGACUCUGGCAGCGAAGCGCCCUCGUUCUUCACGGCACCGAAUAAUUUCGCCGACGACGCAUCGGACGAUUGGCUUGCGCUAGAGCAAGAUACGCGCGACGAGGAUCUCCUCAAGACCCCGACGCUCUCAGACUUUGUAGGUCGACGAUCGGCGGCUCGUAACGGAGAAGGGCCUUCUUCUCGUCCACGGGCAAAGGAGCACACUCACAAGAGAGCCGAUACGCUGCGACAGGAGGAUUUUUGGGGAUUUGCAUACGAUCAAGACCCUCAACCGAUCACAAUGUCUGACGCAAAGGACGCCCAGUCUCCCACUGAACAGGAGCCGGGCAAGGCACCCGCGCGGGCUGAGAAGCCGUUGCCGCCUCCUCCCGCCGACGACGCCCAGGAGACGUCGACAUCUGACAGCGCCCCGCCCCCUGAACCUAAACCGAUGAAGACACCGGAGAAGAGUACGACUCCGAGGCCGAGGAAGAAGAUCCUCUGGCGGGGAAAGGCAUGCAUCAUUGCCCUCCCAAUGGAGGACAAGAGAGGCUCGGAAGAAUCGGGAUACCGCCUAAUGUCAGUAAAGGACGUGGACGAAAAAAUGAAACAGUGGGAGGAGCAAGGGUACGACACUCGUGGGUUCAGUGUUUGCGCACCGGAGGACCCCGCAGAUACCGAGUUGGGCGGCAAUAGUCGGCCAACGUUCCCCGACCAGAUCGAGGCCUACGAUGACUACAAGGCAGGGAACUACGGUGUGAAGAUUCCGAACAAGCACGAGUGGGAUUCCUACGUCAAUUUCCUUCAGGAGGAAAAGCUGCGAGCCCUGGGUGUGCUGUCUCCGGCGGAGGAGCCGGCGCCGUCCAUUUCGCCUGCGUCGGCCGCGAUGGGCCAGGUUGCCCCGUUCCCCGGUCUGGUUUCCUCACCACCCAUCCCAACGGCGUCAGCAGCUAGCAACCCGCUGUCUGUGCCUCAUCCGUUCUCGCCCCAUUUCAACCAGUCCGCAAACCCCAACAACGGCAUCCCUUCGUUGGCCUCCCCCGCCUCGCAGUUCGGCGUGCAGACGCCAUUCAUGGGCGUCGAGCAUCAACAUAUGCUGCCCGGCUUCCACAUGCCAUUCCAGCCGACGCCUCCGACGCAGGGAACUCUCACGCCCCAGAGCUUCUUCAACGCCAGGAAUGUCAGCGGCACGUCCACCAUGGGUGGAGGCAUCCCCAAUUUGACGUCCAUGUUGUCGCCGGUAUCUCCACUGCAUGAACAGAAUGGGUUCCACCCCGGCCUGAACGAACAGCACUCGUCCAUGAAGGACGCUUUUGGUGACCCUAUGGCCCAUGAUAUGCAGGAGCACAUGAUGGACGGUCAGCUGCUGCGACCUGUUCACACUCCUACCGAGGAUGACAAUUUCCAUGCCUCGACGGUUGAGAUCGCCCAGCCCACGCCUCGCGGCCACAGCCGAGGCCACAACCUGAGCGAGACGCUUCAAAAGGGGCUGGACCAGAUGGGUCCGUCUGAUUACCACUUGGAAGAAUCGAUCAAGCGACAACUCGAGGAGGGCGACCGUGAGCCGGCUCACAACUUUGAAGGCCCUGGGCUGAUGAACUCUCGAUGGGCUAUGCCAGAAGACCAGAACCGUAACCUCCACCACCUCCCCCAGCAUGUGCAACAGUUUUACAACGGCAGCUACCCUGCAGAGAACGCUCACGAGGGUUCCGACAUCGACACCAACCCAAGUCUGUCUGGAACACCCCAUGUACACGGUGCGCUCCCGAACCAUCUGCCUUGGCAUCAAUCCAAGCCGAGUGGCGGGUCCUACGGUGUUGGGCACCGUUCCAAGCUCUCGGCGUCGACUCUCAAUGUCGACGCGAAGGAGUUCGACCCGUCGGCCUCGAUGUCGUUCCAAGGGAACGCUGCCGAUAACCCCGUGUUUACUUUCGGUUCGGGAGCCGGCUUCCAGCCUCCAUCGGGCACAUAUGGUAUGGAAGGCCCUUUCACACCCGGCAGUGCGAGGCACAGCAACGUGGGCCGCGCGUCUGGUGAAUUCAAGUUCUCUCCCGCUUCCUUCAACGUCGGGGCCGCUGCAUUCAACCCGGCUGCUAGUGUCCAUUCUGCGUCCUCCAAGCACGCAUCGCCCGGACGGGCCAACAUCUUCGGUGACAUUGAUCUCUCGGAGAUAUCCAAGCCUGCGAAGAAAUCCAAAGCCAUCCCCAUCGUACGCCCAGACAGCGUUCAGGAGCAGAAGGAAGAAGAAGAAAAGGCAGCGGAUGAUAACAACGGCACUGCUUCUGCUGACCGUCACAAGCGAGUUCGUCGUGGUGUUGAGAUUUCUGACAAGGAGGCUAAAUUCAGUAUUUCUGAUAACGCCUUGGCAGAAAAACUCAACCUCCAAUCAGCCCAGCCCUCGAAUCUGUCCUUGUCCGCUGCGGGCAAAGAGAAUACAUCCCCCGAGAAAGGAGAUGCUAAGCCGAGCUCGAAGAUUGAGAAGCUCGACGAGCGCAAGGACACACCUGUCAGUGAGGCGUCCACUUGGGCACCCGAGGGCAAGGAAGAGCCUAAACAAAACGAAGGACAAGACAAGGAGCACAAGAAGACGCCUGAAGUCGAGCCGAUUUCGGCCCAGGAACAGCCCGCCGAGCAACCCAAGGCAGAAGGUCCCCCGCCGAGAAACCCGCCGAGAAGCCCGCCGAGAGGGGAUCUAUCUUCUCCCGCUUGGGCAAGAGAUUCACGUUCAAGCCAUCUGUGGCUGAAGCCUACGCCCCAACCAGCUGCCGAACAGAAGAAUGAUCUCAUGGCCUCCCGUUACGCUGACCCCGCUCCUCCGGCCGAGCCGCAGAACAAACCGGCCUCUGCGGGGACCGAUGACCCGGAGAUCAUGGCGAAGGCCCUGUCAGCUGCAAUCGCCAGACAAGAUGAUUCGGACCAGGGAUCCCCUGACGAGGAGGAGCUGAACGCGAUCAUGGAACAGCUCAACGGCGAUUCCGACGUUGGUGUUGAGAGGAUAAGCACACCGCACCAUGUCUAUCGCUCUCAUCACGAGUCUGCCGUCGCGCCGUCCAAAGAAAAGCGCCACGCCCCUGUCGAGAUCAGGAGUGAGGCUCCCAGUCCUAGCCCAGGACGCGGUCCCAUGCCCCAUGCUCUGGACAUGCCCAAACUUGACUUCGAUGCUCAGUCACAAAUGGCGGUCACUCCUUCGAAGGGCUUCGCUUCCGGUAUGCACUCGCCGAUCCGGAAGCUGGCGAACCCGAACGACGACCACAUUAGCGAUUGGGAUGACGUGAUUACGUCUGGCGAGGAAGGAAAACUGAUGAACAGAAGCCGGUUCUUUGAUCGUCGGAUCAACGACCUCGUCGGAUCUGCGGUCGAAGAGCGUCUGUCUCCGCUUGAGCGUGCGCUGGGUGUCAUUCAGCAGUCAAUGGCGGCUAUUGCCUCUGGCGACCCGAGUAAACUUGGCUGGAGCACUUCGGCUGAUGCCGAGAGCGAUGCCGAUGACGAGGACGACGAGCUUGAAGAGAACGCUUCGUUCAGGGCACGAUCACCUGUGCGACAACAGAGAACUCGCAAGCUUGAUCAGCUGAAGUCCGUCAUCCUGGAGGCUAUGGCCGCCCGGGAACUUCCCGCGGAGCCAGAAAAAGAAGAGGUUUCCGAAAUCGCUCAGAUUCGCGACAGCAUCGCUGAGUUGCAGACCUUGACCAUCCAGAAGCUUUCGCAGAACCCGACCGCGGAUCUGCGGGACAUGAUGGAAGAUGUUGUCUCCGCCCAGCUGGCGCAGCAGCAGGCCCGUCCGUCCGAUGCUGACGAGAUCGGCGCCGACAGCCUUAUGCUCCAAAUUGAUGGCCUGAAGAGCAUGCUGCGGAUCACCGAUGAAAGGGCUGAGCAAGAGUACAAGCUGCGGCGGGAAGCCCAGGACUCUUUGGCAGAGCUGCAGCGGCUCUUGAAGGUUGCUGAGGAAGAUGCCGCUCGUCACAGCGAGGCUGCAGAGUCUGCAGAGGCUCGUCUGCUUCAAUUCAAGGAGGAGAAGAUUCCUUACUUUGAGAGGAUCCAAUUCAGGACCGACUCUCUGGAGCAAGAUCACGCCACCCUCAAGCUUACCCUCGCGGAAGUAUCUUCGAAGAAUAUCCACCUGGAGGGCACCUUGGACGAGUACCGGGUUACCAGCGACAACUGGAAGCGACAGGGCGAGCGGGCCAACGCCGAAUUGGAAGUCGUCAGGAAGGAAAAUAAGAAGCUCACUGGCCACAUCGACCAUAUGAAGACACGGAUCGAGGAUGGCAUCAGCAUCAGAAAGAACCUGUCGGAGAAGCUGGACCACAUCCAGGAGGAGAUGGCCCAUGUGACCUGCGAUAUCACCCGCGACCAGGUCAAUUGGCGGAAACGCGAAGAGCAGCUCAAUUCGAAGUACAACGACAUGAACGCUGCUUACAACAGAGAAGUCAAGCUGCGUGAGAAGCUUGAGAAUGACGUCAGCGAGCUUGAACAGCAGGACCGUGAGGCUGCUAAGCUCAAAUUCAUCUUCGGGCAGUCCCAGCAGGAGAACGCGAGACUGGAAGAGCUGGUUGCCAACUUGCGAAUUGAGAACCAUGAACUCGAAGUCAAGGCGGCUCGCUUUGAGCGUGAGUUCAACGACGCGCGUGAGAGCAGUCGGAUGGAGAUCCAGCGUACUAGGACCUCGAUGGAGGCCGACCUCGAGGCCGCAAACAGCCAGGUCAACAUCGUCCGGGCUGAACUGGAGGCACAGUACCUCCGUCUCCAGAGCCAGCUUGAUAGCUUCCGACUCGACAGCGACACGGCACGGGAGCGCUACGAGAUGCUGCUGGAAGAGGCCAACGAAACAAAGGCCGCCUCCAUCGCCGCUGUUGUCGAGUCGAAGGAGAUCGCUAUGGAGGACCAGCGGAAGCUUCACGAACGCACUCUCAAUGACCUCCGGGAACGCCACGCUCGCGCACUGCACAACUCGUCUGAGGACAAGCAGCGCGGAGAAAACCAUCUCAUGGAGCGGUUGGCGCUGUCCGACGAGAAGGCGCAGCAUCUACAAGACCGCGUCCGCCAUCUCGAAGAGAAGGUUGAGAUCGCCCAGUCCGCAGCUCGCGCAGCGGCUGAAGCCGCCCAGAAGGGCAAGGCCACCAGCGCCAUGCCGUCUCUGCAUGCAGGCUCUCCGUCACUGUCCUUUGACAAGGACUCCCACGCCCCGGAGAAGAUCUCGCCGCAGGCGCUCCGUGAGUCGAUCCUUGUUCUCCAGGACCAGCUGCAGCAGCGCGAGUCUCGCAUCGAAGAGCUGGAGCAGGAGGUCUCUGGUUUCGACAAGGAUGCACCAAACACGAUCCGCGAGAAAGACACCGAGAUCAAUUGGCUGCGUGAGCUUCUCGGAGUUCGCAUCGACGACCUCGAGGAUAUCAUCAAGACCGUCUCGCAGCCUUCGUUCGAUAAUAACGCUGUGCGCGACGCUGCCAUCCGGCUGAGAGCGAACCUCCAGAUGCAACAGCAGGAGAAGGAACGAGCCUCCCCGGGCCAGAGCUUCCCGAGUCUCCGUUCUCUCACCGAGCUGACUUCGUCGCCACGGUCUCUGCCCCUCGCUGCCGCCGCCGCGUGGGGUAACUGGCGCAAGGGACGGGACAGCCAGCAACAGUCCAACCCCUCAGAGCAGACGCCAUCCAAGACGAGCCAUGCCAGCGCGUUCCUCUCCGGACUUCUAACGCCCCCGAGCUCGCACGUCCGCCGAAGCCCCCUGAACGCCAGUGCUCCCCCACCAUGGAGGCGCACAUCCGACAGCGGGGCUGCUCACAACGUGGACACGACCCCCAGACCACUAUCUUCACGAAGCGGCGCCGGGAACCGCGAGCCACCGCAGACCCCGCCUUUCCUCCGCCAAUCCAGCUACGACCACGACGCCGAGCCCACCGUCGACUACGGCGAGAGCUCCCUGGAAGACGAGGAGAACGAGGAGAACGAGGAGAUUGAAAGCACCGUCGACGGCCUCGUCUCUGCGUCCCCCAAGGACGCGAGAGAUGACGGACCGUUUGGACCGCAAAUAGCAUUCCCGCCGCCGUCUUCACCUUAG